UAGAUACUGCUACUCCAACAAAUGAUACAACAGUUCAUACAGCUACACCAACAAAUGAUACUACAGUUGAUACAGCUACACCAACAAAUGAUACUACAGUUCAUACUGCUACUCCAACAAAUGAUACUACAGUUGCUACUGGUAAUUCAACAAAUGGUACUACAGUUCAUACUGCUACACCAACAGAUGAUACUACAGUUCAUACUGCUAAUUCAACAAAUGACACUACAGUAGAUACUGCUAAUUCAAGAAAAGCUACUACAGUUGAUACUGCUACUCCAACAAAUGAUACUACAGUAGAUACUGCUACUCCAACAAAUGAUACUACAUUUGAUACUGCUAAUUCAAGAAAAGCUACUACAGUUGAUACUGCUAAUUCAACAAAUGAUACUACAGUUGAUACCUCUACUCAGUCAGAUGGUUCCUUUACUCACUCCAACAGAUGGUACCAGAUGAUCCAACUGCUACUGCUACACCAACAAAUGAUACUACAGUAG